GCGUAGGACAGACACCAAAAAGGCACACAUUUCGUCUACCCUGUAGGUGUGCCUUCAGGAAGCUUUGCUGAUUAAGCAGCCUCUCACAGUCCACGCCUUUUUCGUAAACAAGACACCUGGCAACAAAUUGCGAAAUUUGCGGCACUCUUAGUGUUACAGCGAGAUUCUCCCUCUUUCCAUAUUGCAUGCCAUGAGUCGAUGCUUUAUUGUUGUGUGCUGAAUGUGACGACACGUCAGUUGCAAAACGUCACGGAUUAAAAUGAUGUGAGUGCACAGAUAUCGUCACUGUUGCAUGAUGAAGUAACGAGCCGACGCCUAAUCGUCCCACACCUUGCCUGAGGUAGGAGGUGGGAUAGCACAGUAAUGGCCAUGGACAGCUCAUAAUUCCGGUGGGCGAGCGAAGAGAAAGAAAAAAAAGCAACGCAACAGCUUCCAACGAGACCCGAAAAUGAAAACUCGAUAAAUUUUACGAAUAAACAAAUAAAGAAAAAGAGAGAGAGAGAAAAGAAAAGAAAAAAAACUAGCAAUAAUAUGCCAGCCAGUCUUCUCCUGACUUCGUCGCCGACUUUGCGUGGGGUGACCCGCAACGAGUCUACUCGCUCAGACUCCUCUGCGGCUUCUAAUACCUCUCAGAGCUCAGCCACGGGUAACAAGAAGGUGAGCUUUAACAAGGCGGUGCGUGUCAAGAAGUAUCCGCGUCCCAAGAAAAGUGACGCGGGACUUUAUGAUGAGUCCCAUGAUGUGAAUGGAUCCGCUACUGCUGUGAAUGGAUCUGACGAAAUACCUGGCAGUCCAGGGAAGAGAUUUUGGUUCAAGGUGUACAAGAACAAGCAUCGACAGUCACCUGAUCUGAAUGAGUUCCGACCCAAGAACAAUGUGAUUUAUUACGGCAACGACGUAGGAGGUGACACCAAUGGUUAUUACCCCGAUGACGUUAUCAGUUACCACCCAAAUCCCUCUGUUUUGAACUAUCCGGUUUUCACUGCAGAGUGUGGAACUCAGACACCGAAUCGCAAAUCGGAUACUUCGAGUCGUACGGCCCUCUUGGGAAACGAGUUCACGCCUCUGCAUCCCAGUCAGAUGCCAUCAGACCCACCAGAGGUGAGGAGAAAUUAUGUAAAGAAGAUAGUGAAUCGAUUCAACGAGGAAGCCGUUCUUCAAAAACAGCGAUCUGUUGAGGACCAACCAGGAAGUCCACAAAUGUCACCUCCGGGAUCCCCCAGGCAGCAUUCCACCCCCAAACACCACAUACCAGUACCUCCACCUCCGCCCCCACCAGUGACUCCAUACUCCUCGUAUCCUCCAGUGAAUUUACCUCCACAACCUGAGGGACUUUUUACCACCCCCAGAUCGAAAAAGAACCACAUCGUAAAUGGCGUGAAAGUGAUGUUUGGUAUGGACGAUAAUAAAAGUGAGAACCAUGAUAGCAACCAUACAUUUCGCAAAGAUUCUCCUGAUUCUAGAAGCAGAGAUAAAUCAGAUGAUGAUAUCAAAUCCAAAACAGGUACGAAUUCUUAUAAAACCGAGAUUGUCAUAUCCGAUGGUUCGGAAACAGAAGUGAAGACUCCAUACUCCCGUCAUGACACGUUUCUUUUUGGGGACGAACCAUCUCAUGCGUUAGUAAAACGCAAUGGUGGCAUGGAUAUUAGCCGUGGACGAGAUGAUAGAGGAUAUGGCAAUGGAUAUUAUUACGAAGAAGAUGGAGAUGAACCGGGUAGAAGAGGAAAAUACCAUAUUGAGGCUUGGGAUACUGGUAAUGAGUUGCUCUUUGAUACAACGGAUGUUAACACCGCUACCGCUCGAACAGAUAAAGGCCAGUUUAUGUCAACAGUUGGAGAAAAACAUCAGCUUUGGAGAAAUAAUAAACGCAUUGUUGUUUAUGAGGAGCAAUCUCCAACAAUAAUUAGAAGGAAAGCAAAAUCUCAAAGUGACCUCCUAAAUGCAGAUGACAAACCCUCUCCAGAAGAAAAAUUAGAUAAAGGAGUAUCUACCGAUGAAUUGUUUAUUAGCAAAUCUGACAAAAGGGAUACUUUGUCUAAGAAACAAAAGGAUUCAUGGCUGAGACAUUUUCGAUCAACUACAAAAGACAAAGGUAUACAGUGUAACAAAGUACCAACGGAUGAACCUCAAGAGCUUUAUGGAUUCGGAAAGUACAGGAUCAUUCGCCCCAGAAAUGGUACUGUCUCUGCAUUUAGCAAUGUGCCAAAAAUUGAAAAAGUGAAGCUAAAGGAUCAGACCGUAUCAAGCCAAGUAGACGGUCACAAUAGUAAAAACAGUGUUAUAUAUAGUCAGGUGGAUAAAACAAAAAAGAAGAAGAAUGGAGAAAAAGAAAAGAAGAAACAUCUGUUUUCAGAAGAUGGGAAAAUAGGCUCUCUAUUUAAAUCACGAUCCGAACCGUUAUAUAUAGGCCCUCCGCCAAAAAAUCAACAGCAUGCUGAUGAGGAGAUAGAUGAAGAGAGCUAUUACGAGGAUAAAGGAGAAAGAGUCAUAAAAACUUCUAAGAAAAGUUUCGGUUUUCGACUUGGCACUGAAGAAAGAAACAGGAGAUCUCCCUAUUACGAAGAAGACUGGUACAAUGUGGAUGGAGAUGUCGAGGCAGUCGAACGUCAGAAGCGGAGAGGUAAAAGUCACAGAGACAUUGCAGAAGUACGCCAAGAACUUGUUGAAGAAGAAAUUUCGGAUGCCAGUAGUCUUAGCAAUGGUGAUCAAAAGCGGAAUGGCGGAGGUGCUGGGUCGGUAAUGAGAGAAGUGGAUUAUAAAAAGCGAGAAAUAUCUUACGAAAAUGUUCCUAGAUCGGAUGGAGAAAGCGGCAGUCAGAAUCAUGUUGGAGGCGGUUUAUGGUAUCGGGAUGCUGAUGAAGAUUAUCGAAAAGAAAUGGCCCAGAGUGAAGUUUCUUACCCAGCUGGUAAUUCAGUAGGUAGUGACAGAUUCUAUACAGUCGACCGUAGAGAAAAAUCAUCCAAGAAAUUACCACCCCCUAGUCCCCGCGCUUAUACAUUGGAUCGUCGUCACAUGAAGACUAAAGAAAAGUCAAAACAAGUACCCAACACAAGUGGAGUAAAAAUCUUAGUCAAUGGAAAAGAAAUAAAAGACAAAACUUCAACUAAAAAAUCGAAGAAAAGAGAAGAUCCAUCUUCGGUUCAAAGUGAUCCCCUCUGUGUCCGAGGAGGACUGGCUGCUGCUUACCAAGCUCGACAGAGAGCUGCCGUAAGAAGAAGCAACAGUUCUGUUUCUGGACUGAGCAACAGCAAAUACCAUUCAGGCAGUAGUCCAAACAUCCGUCGUAUAGUGGCUUCAUCGGACAUAUCUGCUGCAAGCUCUGAAAGUGAAUCCUCAAGGGUCAGACGCCCUCUGGUCAUGUACAUUCCUGGUGUCAGUCAUCCAGAGAAGUCAUCAGAGAAUGAAGACAGGGUCAGUAGUUCCAUCGCCAGGAGCCAGUCCAUGAUGGCCCCAACUCGUCCUCCUCGAAUGGUGAAGAGGAUCAAUCAGAGGGGCCAUAAAGGAUCGAAGAUGGAUUUGUACCGCAAUGGAGAUAUUUACGAAGAAGACGAGAUAAUGCCUCUGGCUUCUGAUACAAACAGGAAAAAACCACCUAAAGUCCCAGCAGACUCUAAAAAACAAAGUGACAUCAAAAGAAGGCAUUCAAUGCCGAAGGACACUAAAUUUUCGUGGCUUUCGAAAUGGAGGUUAAGAGGAAAACCAUCACGAGAGCCAUAAUUCCAGAUAUAAUAUGCAAUUCUUACAAAUUAUCAAGUACAGAGGUGCUCAUAAUCGUAAAAGUGCCCUGAUAAAUUGUGAAAUAGCUUUAUUGUGUGUUUGAUGUUAAUUGAAAUUCUAACAAAAUUCUUAAAUGAAAUGAGCUUUCGAAUGUUUUUCCCAAAUCUUACUCUUCAUUUUGUGUGGUAGUACCAUAACAAAGAAUUUCUCAGCUAUCUUUAGACCGGGACUAUUGGAUUUGUAAACAAGAAGAUAUUCCUUUAUUUCUAGAACUGGAUUCUGCAAUUUCUUUUCUAAGAUCUUACGGGUAUGUUGACAUUUUUUUGCAAAAACUUUCAGAUGGAACUGAUUUUUUUCCUUCUCAGUCUACAUUCUCAUUUUAGUGGCAGCUUAAUCUACUGAUUACUUUACAAAUAACAAUUAAUCAGACUCUUUGUUUUCUAUUUUGUUCUAUUUUUCAUACCUCAUCUGAGCAGCAUUUAAAAAUUUUCUUCUGGUCAAUGGAUUAAAAAUAGCUUGUAAAUUUUUUGCAUUUAAUGUAUAUAUAGAUUUUGAGCAGUGUUUUCUGUAAUAUAUUGUGCCAAUAUUGUCGUCUGCAAUUAGUAUUCUGGUGCCAUCUGACAAAAUAAAAAAGAACAUUUGUUAACAUAAAUAUUCCUUAUAUUAGAAACACAUUUUCAAACACAUGAAGAAAUAGCUGCUUUGCUUUUACACUGUGAAUUGCUGAUUUACAUUUUACAUACGUGUAUAUGACUUGUAACUCCAUUAGUUUGGAAAAUUCAUGAGAGAAGAAUACUGUGUUAUUUUGUUGUUGUUAUUUCUGAAAGGUACUGUGCUUAUUUUUGUUUUACAUGUGAAAUAUUGAAAUAUUUGUAUAGAAUGUACCAGCCCAUAACACAAUUAAAAUAUUGCUUUCAGUUGGUA